AGCAGCAGCAGCAGCGACUCCGCGGCCCUGGGCUGCGCUGCCCUGCCCGCCCCUUCCGCCCGUCGCGGGAAUGGCGGAGGAUCCGCAGGGCGCCUGGAGCCAAGAGGCGGUGGGUCACUUCCUGAGGUCGCAGAGCAUACGGGAGAGAGAUGGAGCCGCGGUCCGGUGGUUCCACGCCGCCAACAGCAAAGCCCGGGCCGGGGAGGCCGCCAGGAGUGAUGCUCACAUGAUAGAAGCAGAUGUUCUCCUUCGUGGUGGCCAGGGAGGAAAUGGAGACCCUAUCAUGGCUCAUCCACCUGAAACAGACAGUGACAACACCUUGCAGGAGUGGCUGGAAGAGAUUGUCAGCACAAACAAAGGCAUCAAACUGGAUUUUAAGAGCCUGGAAGCUGUAAGGCCUUCCUUGGAGCUUCUCCAGCAUGUGAAGCAGCAUUUGAGGCGACCCGUUUGGAUCAAUGCAGAUGUCCUACUGGGACCUAAUGGAAGCAGUGCUGUAGUGGAUGCAGAAGAGUUCAUCAGCACUGUCACAUCAUUUUUCCCAGACGUGACCUUGUCACUGGGAUGGACAACUGGCUGGCACCCUAACAAGCACAAUAAAGGAUAUGAUUGGGCAAUGGUGAAAGAAAUGGCUCAGAUAUGCAGUCAGCUUUCCCAGCCUGUAACUUUUCCUGUGAGAGCAGCACUGGUUCGACAGUCAAUAUCUGAGCUGUGCUGGUUAAUGCAGCAGUCAGACAGAUACAGCCUCACUGUUUGGACAGGAAAGGAAGAUGUGUAUUCUGUAGAAGAUUUGCUUUACAUCCGAGAGAACUUUGAUAAAAGUAGGGUUUAUUAUGACCUCUUAGAGCCACAAAAUUCUGAAUUCAAAAAAGCCAUAGGACUAAAAUAGUCAGUGCAAAGCAGUCAGGCUUGUCAUACAUAACCUCUUCAGACAUGAAGAUUCCUUGUUCAGGGAAAUGCAUUUUCAUUCCUAAAAGAUUAUUGCAGAACAUAGCCGUGGUUCUUGAAGGAAUUUUGUAUAACACUUUAUUGAAAGGCUUCUCAAGUAGAAAUUUAAUGAAAGUAGAAAUUAAAUAGGCAUUAAAUUAAAAAUUAAAAAUACAUAUUAAAAAUUAAAUAGGCAAUUUUUAAAUAUUUUUAAUAUUAACUGUGAGUUACUCAUCAUGUUUAUGUUCCUCUCAUUCACCCAGUAGUAAAGUCUGCUCACAUUACCUAAAUAUUCAUCCUAGUGUUCCUGCCCUGCAAGCAGAGGGAAAAUGGGCUCAGCAGAGAGCUGUGGGCCAAGUCAGUUUGCUACUAACUGGUUUUGUGUAAGCCAGAGUCUGUGGGACACUCAGUCUCUAGUCAAGCCUGUUUCCACUUUUUAUAGAGAAAGACAAGAGUCAUGACUCUAUUAAGAACACUGCAGUUGGCAAAGGGGUAUUUUAUCACUCACUUUGAUAACCUCCAUUUUAAUGUCAUUGCCUUUGAUAAUGUUCUCAUUCCUGGUCAAUAAAAGAUUCUGUUUGCUAGAUGGGAGAAGUGGGGUUUGUGAUGCUACAUGUUCCAGGGCUUGUUUUACUGAAUGAAAACUAACCAGGUUCUCUGGAAUGUGGUCACUGCAUUUCACACCACAGGCCUGGGAUUGAGAAAAGGCUGAGUUGGAGCUGUUGCUGCAGUGCAGGAGGUGCUGGGGAAACAACCCCCCAGAUGAAUAAAAAUAAUCCAGUCUUGUACAUAAAGCACAGUGAUGGAUUAUAGUGAGAUAUACAUCAGAUGCAACAUUAGGAGAGAUGAACAGUGUUUUAUAAGAUGGAAAAGUGGUGGUGGUUCUUUAAAUAGUUUUAAAUUAAACUAUAGCAGGAUUUAAUGUGAAUUGUUCUGCUUGCAGUCCAUCUGAAAGUCAGAGGCUCUAAGAAUGAAAUAGCUGUACAGUGAUCAGUACUUUAGAGCAAAAAUUGCCCAUUAAUGUGACAGUACAGUUUGUUUCUUAGUUCGCCCAGAUUCUGCAUCUUUUUAACAACUGUCAGUAUAAUAUCAGAAUUUUCAAAAAAAAUUUUAUUAUCAGAGAUCAGAAAUUUUAUUAUCAGAAACUUCCCUUUGAAGAAAAUAAAAAGUCAUUGCAGCUCUACAAACCUACAAUCUCUUAAUUUUAAGCAGUUUUUAGCUCUCCUGCUUUUUGUAUCCCUUGAAUUGGGAUCACUUGAAAUCAUCACUUAGAAUCACCACUUGAUUUCUCUCUUUUCAUGUCAAUCUCCAUAUAAAUGCUUUCCUGUAAGAUGUGCUUACUGUGGGGCUGGCAAUAAGGUAAUAAAGCUGAGAUGAAAGCCAGUUAUUUAUUCUGCUGGAAACUGGGGGAUCUUUGGCAGGUCUAUGUUAUUCUGGCUGAUGCUGUCUUUUUUUUUUUCCCCCCCCCCACACUUUUGAACAUCUUUUCAUUCUACUUAAACCAUUUUUUGGCAGCUGUAAAUUCUGUCAUCUCUGUGGAAUAAUUUUCUCUAUCAGUGGUGCUUUGUGUCUGUUGGCAGUGUUGUUUUGUGACAGUCAGGCUCUUUGACUUAAUUGUCCUUCUUACAUGAAAAAUAUGGUUGACUUUAAAGGAAGCAGGUAACUGUUCAGAGUGUCCAGGUGAGUUAGCUGAUUAAUGAAACACUUCUAAUUUACUGCAAAUGUAGGCUCUAUAUUUUUUCUGUGAAAUUGGUGGAAUCUCCUAAGUAGAUGUAAUCACAUGCUAGAGAACUGACAUCUUAAGUCCUGUGCAACUACACAAUAAUAUCCUGCAGCAUCGUUUAAGUAUGAUGAACACAAAACUGGAGCUGAUUUCCUGAGGUUUGCUUUGUUUGAGUGUGCUGUGAAAUAAAAGAAAAUGCCUUCAAAUAGCAUUUUUUUUUCAAAAGCAAUUCUGCCUGUCUUCAGCGUUCAUUGAAGAGCUAUUCAGCUGUGGCUUGCUCUGACUGCAAACAAUUUAGUCUUCUGGUCUUUUUAGCUUGAUUUAACAUUUCAAUUUUCAGAGUAUUUCUUUUUAACAAGGGUAGAACUACUAAUGUAAGAAGAGAUACCGGGAAGAGUUUGGACAAUUUAAUUUGCAUAAUCUUUAUGUUGCUGGAAACCUUUUUGUACCACAAAAUUAUAUAAUUUCUCAAAAUGUUACUAUAAAACUAAUCUUUUGUUGCAUUUUGACGUUCAUAGAUGUUUGUGCUUUAUUUUGUUCAUUUUUUGUUGCCGAAAGUAUCAAUUUGCCUCUGCUCUCUGCUGUCCGAGCUUUCUGUGUAUUAACUUGUUGUGCUCACUGCCAGUUUUCUUUAUAAAUUUUGUACUAACCUCUGUGCAAAAGGAAAGGCUGCCAGGAUGUUGUAUUAAUUUUCAGUCCUUUGCAUCUCCUCUAGGGCUUUGAUGGGUGAGUUUUGGCAUGUGUUUUUGCAGUGAAGGUUCUACUGCCUUCCUCUGACUACUUCUGAUACGCCUUUUUAUUGCAAAUUGCUGUAGUUAAUGUAUUAUUACCCUUUUAAUACCAUCAUUGAAGAAAACACACACCCAACACUUCAGUUACUCCAAAUUGCACUGGGGCACUAAGAUCUGUGUUCCCUUACACAGCAGCAGUAACUUCUGGCAGGUUUUUUAGUGCAAUUUUUUAAUUGUGCUUCCAGUAAAGUUCAAAGCAUUCUAAUGUAUCACUUUCUGAAUUUUUAACAUCUACAUUUGUUGGGCAGUUUUGUGUUGUUUUUUUAAUAUCCUUAUACUUUGGCUUCGUUCCCUUGUUUUUUUUUCAGUGAUCCUUCUGUCCUGAUAGCUGUUGCUUUCCCUGCCUAGUUGAUUCGUGUCACUGCUGGAGCAAAAAAAUAAAUAAUUGGAUGUGCAAGUUCAUAAUCACAAAUGGGGGUCUGUCCAAGUAGAAUUAAAUAGUGUGUUAAAAAUAGUGUUAAAAAGUUGUUCUUGUUACUCUGUUUUUAAAAUGUAUGUGCAGGUCAAGGUUGUAUUUUAAAAUAGACUGGCUUUUGGGAGAGAAGGCUUAAGUCAUGCCAUCUGUGGCAGCUCAUGAAAAGUGUUCAAAAUUGCUAGCUGAUGCCUCCAGGGGAAAAAAAAAUGUAAUUAAUUACAGUUCAUCAGCAUGUGUCUGCUUCUGGAUUUCAAAAAUUUGGUGAUACAUGGGACUGCAUACAAUUCUAAAAAUAAAUAUUUUUUAUUUUCAAUUUAAGAUCAUAGCAUGUUUUUGUAAAUGGCUUGAUGGAAAUUCACUUGUUUUCCUCUUUGAAAAGCUCUGAAUUAACAUCAGACUGGUGUGGUGCUAGCACAGGAGGUGCCAACUUUGUGGUUAAAUUGAAAAUACUGGUUUUGACUUUGUGUUUGCCAACUCUCUGUCCUCCGGUGCUUUCUUAAGUGUUGGUCUGCUAAUACCUGGGCUGCCUGAAUCCCAGCUUAGGUGAGCAGCAGGGCUGAGGCAAACCCUGCUUUGAGCUGGAGGGUGGAUGGGACCUCCAGAGGUUCCUUGCAACCUGGAUUUUUGUAUUAUGUGGUGACACAUCUCACCUGCUGCAUCACACGUACCACUGCAGAGGGUUAAUGAGGCUGCAUAGGAGGCUUAGGAAGUUCUGUAAUCCCCCUGGUUUGGUUAUUACAAACUUCUGAAUUUGUCGAAGUGAAGGUUUUGUACAAAAACACUUAUCUGCUUCUAUCACCAGAGUGCCUCAGUCCCUCACAAAAGCUCUCAGGUCCUGUUGCCUGUUCUGCACCAGAGAAAAGAAGGAGGCUUCUGUUUUACGUCUGUGAGAUGCCAACAACGUUUCUGCCAGGGCUGUGGUUGCUUUCAGCCACCCACCCUCAUCAUCAGCCAGGGAGGUGCCUGGCUUUGCUAACAGAUGUCCUUUCAACAACAGGAAUUUUGUAUAUUUUUAAUUUUAUUUCUUUUUAAAUUAAGGUUAACUUGCAUAAGAGAGUACGAGAUGCACUGUCGUUUAAAAAGGAUUGAUAACUAUGAAUGUUAUCAAAACAAUGACUCAUUAGAAUUGGGAUUUUAUCCCUUUCACUGCUGAAAAAAAAACAAACCAACAAAUCCAAACCCC